AUGCAAAUUCCGUUAGAUCUGGGCUCAAUUUCACCGAAUCAUGGUCGCCGUUUGCUAGAUCUGAAAUUUUCUAGCUUUGAACUCACCGGAUCUGACUUUUCUCUUCCUGUUUCAGUGAAUUCGUAUGCUUCAUCUGUUCCAAUUCUCAAUGGGACUAACUUCUUAGAAUGGAAUGAGCAAGUUCAGUUCAACUUAGGUAUGCUAGAUCUUGAUUUAGCAUUUCAAAUUGAGAAACCUACUGCUAUUACUGGUGAAAGCAGUGAGGAAGAAAAGUCUCUCUAUAAAGUUUGGGAGAAAUCGAACAGAUUGAGUAUUAUGUUUAUGCGAAUGACUAUUGCAAACAAUAUCCAAACAACUCUUCCCCAAACUAAUAGUGAUAAGGAAUAUUUGAAAAAUAUUGAAGAACGUUUCUGUACUACAGAUAAGUCUCUUGUAGGGAAAUUAAUGGCUGACCUUACUACUAUGCGUUUUGAUGGUACUAGAAGUAUGCAUGAGCAUGUUCUUAACAUGGUUAAUCUUGUUGCGAAAUUGAAAACUUUAGGGAUGAAUGUGGAUGACACUUUUCUCGUUCAAUUUAUUUUCAAUUCCUUACCUACUCAGUAUGAGCCAUUUCAAAUUCACUAUAAUACUAUUAAGGACAAGUAG